AUAUCUUAUACACAUAGAUCUACGUCAUACACCAAAAUAAACACAGACUAUUUCGUAGGAAAUAUCAAAGUGCCUGACUUGGCAUAUUGGCGUGACAAUAUCGAAAGAAACGACACCAUUACAUUUGAAUGUUCUGAAACAACAUGGAAUCUGAAGUGAUGAAUGACCCUAUAGACAGUAAAAGCGAAGAAAAACAGGAACAGUCUCGUACAGAGUUCGCCAUGGUGAUCUUCCACAACAUUCCGGAAACGUACCCGGCUGAUGCCCACAUACAGUGUACCUAUACCAUCAGCUCAGAUCUGGUGCCCACAAGUUAUGACUGGGUGGGUCUGUACAAAGUUGGCUGGAUGAGCACCAAAGACUAUCACUACUACGAGUGGGCAGUUGUACCAAAGGCCUAUGAGAUCGGCAAAGAAGCUGACAGUGCUGUUCUAUUUCCAGCACACAAGAUGCCUAAUGAUGAUGGAGAAUUCUACCAGUUUUGUUACGUGACCAGUUCUGGACAAAUCAGGGGAGCAAGUACACCAUUCCAGUUUAAAAAGCCGAGUGCGGACGACUACAUUGAAGUGGAAGAUAAUGACAUGUUGAUCAUCAGAUCAAAGUCUGUCGUACUGGAGGAACGACUUAAACUGAUGGAAGAAGAAAAGGCUCGACUUGAACAGCUGCAGGAAGAAAUGGGAAAGGAGACCGAUGGACUGAUACAGAAGUUAUCCAGCAUGGAUAAACAGCUCCUGGAUGCCCAGAACGAGUGUCACCAUCUGGAAGACAGAGUCCAGACUGGGGAGACUUAUAUUAGUCAGCUUAACCAGGAAGCCCAUGACAUGAAUAUUGUUCGUGAGGAGCUACAAACUCGUCUGGAUACUCAGAACCAUGAGAGUGAGGAGAAGGAGAGACGUAUUUCCCGACUCAACGACGAAAUCUCUGAACUCAAGGCUGAGAUACGUAAAUUACAGAAUGAAAAGGACAAGUUUGAGGGUGAAAUGAGAGUGCUGACUGGACAGAUAGAGCUGUAUAAGAAUCAUUUUGCCAAGUCCGAGAUAUCUCAUAAAGAACAUAACGAGAAGCUGGAGAUGUUGACCAAAGAUGUCGCCGAGAAAGAAAGUGUUAUCAUUAUGCUAAGGAGUCGGGUUGAUGGACUAAAUCAGGAAAUACAGGACAAAGCCAUGCAUGUUGAGAAGCAUGUCACCAGCUCCAGAGAGGAUCAGGAUCAUAUUGAGGACCUUACAGAACGUCUGAAGAACACGGAGAAUAAACUUGAAGCAGCCGAGAACACAAAGAAACUCAUGGCAGAGGAAAUGAGAUCAUAUGAAGAGACAAAGGAAAAGAUGUCAUCGGACUUGGAGAAGUCGGAGAGCACUUGCUAUGUCUUGAAGCAGGAACAAGAGAGACUGAUGCGAGAGUCCAAUCGCUUGGCCAGCGACGUGGAAGCUAUCAACAGUGAGCUGGAGUCUGUGAAAAAGGAGAAGGCCAAAGUGGAAAUGGAGAAUGCAGCUUUGAAUGAUCAGCUGGGAAAGACCAGUGAUAUGACUGAUAGUUCACUCAGCUCCCUACACUGUCUACAGAUGGCACAGAAAACUCUGAAGGAGCGAUACUCUAGGAUAGAACAAAGCCAUGGCCAACUUAACACAGAAAUCGCCAAAAAAGCUAAAGAAUACAAGCAAAAUAUCAAGGAACUUGUACGUGAAAAUGAAGACCUCAAAGAAAGACUGAACAUGAGUUCAGCCGAGUACAAGGCAUUGUACAUUGAAAACAAGAAACUUCAGAAGAAACUCGGGAAAAUGACAGAAAAAAAGAGGACAAAGAAGUUGGAGAGAAGUAUAUCUGAGAGUUCGGUGUCCAGCGAGACCUUUGUGAGGGAAACACCUGUAAAGUCGGCCUCAAACGAUUCCAAAAUGGAUGUAGAGACUUCCAGUCAGUUGGAGAUGGAUCUUGAAACCAUGGGAGAGGAGCUGAGAAAACGCCAGGAGAAGAAAUUAAAGUAUAAAAACCUGUACAUAGAGGAAAAAGCUAAGACAGAAAGUCUGCGGAAACAUUUCCAUGAAGAAAUGCACAAGAAGGACGAGGAGACAAAUCGUCUUCGUAUACGCAUUGAAGAGGCUUCAUCAGCAAAUGAGAUUCGGGUUCGAUCUCUGGAAAAAUAUGUGUCGGAAAAAGAAAGGAAAAUUGCUGAGCUGGAAGGGAAAUUGCGGGAUGCUAACAUUCAUUGUGAUGGACCCAUCUGUCCCCCAGAACCAGAUGUUCUCAAAGCAUAUCACAUGCCUUCCCAGGGUUCUGUAGCAAGGCUGCCUCCUAACAUGGUCUACCCCCCUGGGACUGUGCCGAUGUGCUUUCCACUAGUUUACCCCCACACUACCCGUCAGCCCUAUGUCGCUGGAGUUCCUCCGCCACAGCUUCCCUGCAAGGAGCACAGACCGUUGGAGCGUCUGAGAUAUCCUCAGUCCACUCUCAGCCCCCUGCAGUCCCAGACUGCUGGAAAUCUGUCCAACCCAAUCAAACCACUUCCAGCCCCGCUGGUGCCGGAACGCCUCCACACAGCCAAGAUGGCAGCAGUCAUGCCUACCAAUGGUGAAUUUAUGGCUGAUCUUGAGACAGACACUGUCAUUCCCUCAGCGCCACCUGCCUCUGGUCCGCCAGAGGAAAAAUUUGAGGACGCUAUUGGAGAAGCCAUGAAGAUUUGCCCCGUCUGUAAUGAAUCCUUCUCGGCAGAUAUUGAUGAUAAGAACUUCGAUGAUCAUGUUUUGGGACAUGUUGGCAAAAUUUGUCCGAUCUGCCACAAGCUGGUGGAGAACGUAAAUGACAACGAAUUUCAGUACCACGUCAACAAACAUCUGGAGGACCAGGAGCAAGAGACUGUAUAAAUCAACAGAUCCGCAGUUGUGAUCAUGAAACUGUCGUAAAAUAUUGUCACGUUAUCAAACCAUAGAGUGUACAGAAUUUAUAGCUUCAUUUUUUUUUGUCCUUGUUGAUAACAAAAUUCAAAGACUUGAUUAAGAUAUAUGGAAUUGAAUGACAUAAUGGAAUUUUAUUUUCGUGGACAGAUCCUCAUUUUUGUGGGGAAAUAGUACACUAGUUUAUGGUUUAUGUUACUGAGUGAUUUGAUUUUGAUUUACUUUUUUGUGUGUACCAUUACAUUAUCUUUUUCUUGCCUAUUUCUACUAGGGCCUUUAACAGGGGUCUGCAGGUUCCUAUGUACACAUGAACUUCUUGUGGAAACAUCUGCUUUUUGCAGCUCAAAGCGAGAGCUGAUUAUUUCAUUUCUAUUUGUAUUUAUCUAUGAAAAAUUAAAUUAGUUUCAGAUAUAAAUCUUGUUUUACUAUUUAGUAAUUCACAAUAAUUGUCAGAGAAGAUUAUCUUUGGACCAAUUUGACAUGUGACCUUUGUUGACUAAUAUGAUUUUGUGUUGAAAUUAGUGCUAUAAAAAGCCUUUUUAAUUGUUAAUAUUUUUUCAAUGUUUUGUAUAGUUUACAUUGUUAAAAUAUGUGCUAAUUCAAUAAAUUACACUUAUUGAUGUGAUGAUUGUGACCAUGGCGACCGAUUAAUAUUUAAUGACCUUAUAAGUUUCAGUUGUAAACCCUAUCCAUGUGCACAUUAAUUUUUAGAGUUAUGGCCCUUUCUCAUUCAGCUGCACAUUGUCUGCUCAUUAUCUUUCAGUAAUUAUAGAUGAAUUGCCAUCAAAGCAGGGAAAAAAAUGAUACAGAGGAAAGCUCAUGAUAUAUUUGGUAACCAGUAUAAUCGAAUCCAUCAUUUUUGAAGCCAUGAAUUUGGCUGUACAGUGUCAGUGCUAUAUUUUGUAAUUAUGGACAGGUGAAAUUUAAACUUUACCAGAAGCAUGUAAUGUAUUCCACUCAUUCAUAAAAUUAUGUGAUUUUUUUAAAAUUCCUGCAACACAAUGUGUAACAUCUAUUUCUUAAUUAUAUUCUAUUCAUUACUGUACCAGUUGUACAAACAGAUGUUCACUCAAUAUGUGAGAAGCAUACCAGUGCUAUAUACUACUUCUUGACCUAUGAAGCACAGAACUGAGUUUUUCUAACACCAGGGCCCUGUUGUUAUGAGGACAAACCAGUUUGUCUGUUUUUAAAUGAACCUGCAGAUGUUUAUCCAGGCCUUGAAAGUCUUUUUCAAGGCUCAUCGAAAAACAACAGAAAAUGACCAGGUCUGUAUUUAUUUCAUAAACAAACAAUUCUGGUCCGACUGACAAAAACGGCCAUGGUCAGGUUAUAAAGAUUUUACCAUAUUUAUCCUGAGAUAAGCCCUGUUGCCCAUCACGUAAUGGCUGACAAAGUAUGGGCUUAUUAGACACCGAAAAUGUGCUCGUUAGCAUUUGUACUGAACUGAUAUUGAUACAGACAGGGCGUAUUUCUGGUAAGUUGUGCGAUUGACAUAACAAGAUUCUGGGUUCUUAUUUUUUAAAUGUAUGAUUGCAUUUGAUUUAUGUUUUACAGCAUACAAAAUUUUUAUUUUUGUAUGCUAUAUAUUACGCUUGCGUUAGAAAUAAUAUUUAGCUUCUCUCAGUUCAGGUACAUUUCCCAUUUUGUGACUUCACAGUUUUGUCUUCACAUUUUGUAUCUUUAAUUUGCACAGGCUUUUCAUGGAUCCUUUGAAAUAACUUUUUCCCCCGAAUGCUAAAAUGACCACCGGUAAAACAUUUUAACAAUCAUUGAAUCUCUGCAUUCAAUUUGAUCUUUAACUCACCUGCAUGUAUAUUUGCAGUAACUAAAGGUUGUCCCCCACUAGCCCGAUCUAUAAGUAUUUUAACUAAAUUUGGUAUGAGAAGUAUAAUCCUUGUGACAACCAGUUUUGUAAGAUAAUGUUUAACAACAUAUUCAAACAAAGAGUUGUAAAGUGAGGAUAUUCAAUCUGUCUUCAAAUUUGUUUCAGUAAAUUUGACCUUCAACCUUUACAGUGGUGAGAUGCAUUUUAACCUGAGCAAGACAGUCCAAGUGAGCCUUUUGUAUUAGAUAUGUAAUCAUUAGUCACUAUUCUGGUAGAUUCUGUGAAAUCAAUAUUAGUUGUUGCUACCCUUUUUGUGUACUACCAAUGUAGUUUUGUGUUGUUAAUCUCCUGUGUGGUUUAAUGCUGGAGAUUAUUUUUAUUCCAGAAAUCAGAAUGUGACUAAUCAUCUGAAAUUUAAGGAUAAUCCGGAAAUAGUUUUACUGGUUUCACUUUACAGGGAAAUCGAGACAAAAUCAGAAAUCACUAAUUCUGAGAAAAAAAAAUCAGAAUGUUUAAAAUCUGUUAAAUGCAGACUGUACAUAAUACCAGAAAUUCAUGUUUUUAUUUUAUUUAGAAAAACCUGUAGAUUUUCGUUUGUUUGUCCAUAUUCAUCUUUGGAGGGAUAUUCCUAGCUAUUCAUGAAUUCUUUUCACUUAACUGUAAAGUCCAUACAUUUCUUAGUAUCACAGAUGACGAAUUGAUACCAAACAUUUAUCAGUCAAAGUGGCCGAGGUAAUUUGUUUUUAAUGUUUGUUGCUGGAUAAGUAGACAGUUCUGUCCAGAGUUUUAGGGUCAAGGUCACUUUCGAAGUGCAGUAUGGAGUAUUGCAGAAAUACUGCAAAUGGUUAGAUAAAGGGGCAGGUCCGUGUCCAAACUGGACAGUGAUACAGAUGGUCAAAUCACAGGGACAUGUCACAAAUUUCCAACACAAGGUCCAUAUAUAUACAUACUGUAUGGGGCAUGGGCUGGGAUUUUGUAACAAGUCCCUGUGGUAAAAGCUAUACGAUGACUAUUAUGUUUAACAAAUCAGUGGUAUUACACAGAAACAGAAAAUACACAUGGUUGGUCCUCUACUGGAUCAAGAUGGUUCAAGCUAUGUUACAUUGUAAGACGUAAACAGUGAUAUGUAUAAUACAAUGUUACAUUGUAAGGUGUAAAAUAACAGUGAUCUGACUGAGGGAGAGUAAUACAGUGAUAUUAUACUUUUAAGCGUAUUGGAGAAAAGUGCAGGGUUUGCAUAUGAAGCUGGUUAAUAGUUUGUCUUUCGAGAAUCAUGAAAAUGUUUGUAACAAGAUUUGUAUGUAAUUUUGUGUACUGGCCAUUCAUUGUGUCAUUUAUAACUGUGAUAAUUCCUGUGAAGUAUAUAAUAAAAUACUGUAAUAGAAUCCUUUA